AUGGUCAACGUAUGGAGCGAUUUCACCGAGCAACCGAUCGUUGCCAUCAAGUCAGGCACAUGCCUCAAUGUCGUUGCCGAUUCGACACGCCGUCUCCAACAAUGCGUACAAGAACAACUCACACACCUUGACAACCGUGCAAGAGCCUUGGCAACCAGUGGCAACUUUGAAGCAGCUUUAAGAGAUGUUGCUAGGAUACGACAACUAGCUCCUUCUUCGGCAAUGGGGUACUUGUGUGCUGGUCACGUGUAUUCACUCCAAGGACAUCAAAAGGCGGCGAUUGCCAUUUAUGAUCAAGGGCUGGCUGUUGUUUCAUUAUCUGAUCCCUCUCAUCAACAACUAGUUGAAGCACAAUCAAUGGCUCAAGAGCAACAUAGCACAAGAAUCGAUUUCGUCAAGGAGCUCCCUAUUGACAUUAUUGAGAAUAUUGCACCAAGGAUCUUGUCUAAGGAGUUGAUAGCACCGAAUGAAAUACGGCAAUAUCUUGACGUGUCACGUGUAUGGCGAGAAAGAUUAUUGAUGUGUAUACGAGAUUUGCGUCUUGAUAUCGUGACCGAUGAUGAUCUUGCCGAUGAUGAUGAUUUACUUGAGCACAUUGCGCCCCACUGUACUACUCUUACGCUCGAGCAAGGUGCUACCGGCUUCCAUCGACUGGUGUCAAGGACACGAUUUCCUUCAUUACAUACUUUAAUCGCAGUAUUUCUAAGAAAUGGUGAUGAUGAUAACAUGGUUGCAAGAGCAGUUGAUGUUGUUGCAUCGUUGGGAUCAACCUUGACACACUUGGAAAUCACGACAUCCGCAUACGGCGUCUGGCUUGGUGAAAUUCUCAGCAGCUGCCCGAACCUAGUGCAUUUGGAGACGUAUGAUGUGGAUACCGAUAUGGAGGACGCACCCGAAUGCCAUCCCAAUCUCAAGAGGCUGCUGCUUUGGAAGUACGAUGACGAAUCGGAUAUCCAAGAUAUUACCAAGCGAUUACCUGGAUUGGAAGUAUUGGCAGCGCAUGCUUUUUACGACACCAAAGACUUGAAUACCCUCCAAGACAAUUGUCCAAAUCUCAAAAUUGUUGCAUACAAUGAUCAUGAGGCUUCCUAUUUCUAUGUACCACCCACCACUACCACAGCCACGAGGAGCAAAAAUCAUGGCGAUCAGCAGGAUUGUAUCGGUGUGCAUACAUUCUAUGUUAAUUGUCAUGAGAUGAAUUAUUUCGAUGUGGAUCUCGAGGACAUCAUGGAUUUUAUAAGACGCAACAGCCACACUUUGCAACAUGUCUACUUUUACGUUGAACUGGUGGGUGGGAGUGCCAGCAGUGUACCCACUCUUAACCAUGCAAUUCAAGCUGAUGACGGUGUUCUCUUCAAGUCCGUGACAACGUUUGUCAAUUAUAUACACGACUAUGGUGACAUGCUUUUAACAAGAUGGAUUGCACGAAGAUCCCCCCAUUUAAAGGAUAUCAAACUACUGAGAAAUAGGCGGUGCGCUCCAAAUGCGGUCGACACAAGUGCAUUAUUUGAUGAUCUGAUUGGCCAUUGCGAACUUGAGUCGGUCAUCGUUGAUUUGCAUGGAGAUCCUACCACGGAUACGGGAGGCGCUGAGCGAUUUAUUCGAUACCUUGGCACCUUUGAUUCUCCCUUGCACACAUUAACCCUUCCCAAUCACACACGACUUUCCAAGGAUGCAUUGGAUGUCCUGAUAACGUUGCCACGACUUGAGAACUUGAGUAUCUGCUGGCCUUUGAUGAAGGAAGAUCAAGAAGAGGAGAGUGACCAUGAAAAGUGCUCUGAUUUUAUUGGCAAGUUGGAUCGGUUGCAGCAUUUGGAGAUAUGCAGCGAUGAGGGUGUCCCUGACGACGUCUUUUUACAGCUAACCAAGCUAAACAUCAUCUCACUUAACUUAUACAUACCCAUCUUGAAGCUUCCCAAGCCGUCCAUUUUAUUGAGCCUGCUGCAAUGCCCAAAUUUACAAAAGUUGUUUGUUAGUCAUUCCCUUGGUAAAGAUGAACCACUCAUUGAGGAGAUUAGAAACAUGUUAAAAACUAAGAUAGAGAAAGUGUCCUUUGAUAAAUACAAAUGGUGGACGUGGUACUUGGUCUUUUUGAUAUGGAUGAUGAUGAUGGAGUGGAUGUAA